ACCACAUUUGAGUGCAUAUUAUUGGCUGAUUCUCUUGAAAGUGAAGUUCUGCCGCCAAAACAGGAAGUCGGCGGUUUCCAUCUCAUUGAAAGGCGUUUUUGCACGUUUAUCCUAAUGGCAGACACACCGAUGUGGGAGCAAAUUGGCACGGGAUUUGUGCAGCAUUACUAUCAACAGUUUGAUACAGACCGCGUGAAACUCGCGGACCUCUAUACUGAUACAUCCUGUUUGACGUGGGAAGGAGUAGGCUUUCAAGGGAAGAAUGCCAUCAUGGGCAAACUGACCAGCCUGCCAUUUCAGACCAUUCAGCAUAGCAUCACUGCUCAGGACCAUCACCCCACACCGGACAGCUGUGUUAUGACCAUGGUCAUGGGCCAGCUAAAGGCUGACCAGGACCAAGUUAUGGGUUUUCAACAAGUCUUCUUACUUAAGAAUAUUGAUAACAAAUGGGUUUGUACAAAUGAUAUGUUCCGUUUAUCUCUUCACAAUUUUGGAGCUUAGUCAGAAAAAAGUUACAUUAACCAGUCAGGAUAUAUCUGUAUACUGCAAGCAGCAUUUUGUAUCUUGUGUACAAAUUCAUAUUUUAUUGGAAGGCCUAUGUUUUGUUUUCCUUUUUUGUACUUUUCCAAGCCACCAUAACAUCAUCUCCAGAUAAUUAUAUUCAUUUAUAAUCCGUGUGCCUUUUAAAAAUGUACAUGAAUGAAAAAUAAAUAUUAAA